AUGGGUUUGUCAUUGUUCAAGACCAGCGCUAUGGAGAGAAUGGGCUAUGGGAAAGAGGCCAGCUACCAUCAAAUCGAGUCGCUAGGAGGCGCUUUCGAUGCUCUGAGAACCAAAGGCUCGCGAAUGAAGCAGAGGAUCAUCGCUGGCUCAAUUGUUUCCGUGUUGAUGAUUUUCGUAUUCUUGGCUGUAANNUUCUCUCCUGAUUCCACGACGGCAUCAAUCAGGCAAGAGCAACUCGAGAAAUGGUGGAAGACCACCGAUCCAACUGACGCAGCAAUCGAAUCUGGUAUCUGGAACACAAGACCCGAAGACGAAGAGGUAGAAGCCACACCCGAACCUGAAGUUUGCGAUAACACACCCGAAAUCAUUCAAGUCGCCAUCUUCGAGCACGUACGCGCACACGAUGAAGUCGACGCUGCUCUCGUCCACUCCAUCGCCUCUCAGCCCAACGUAAACCUCACCCUCUACCAACAAGAACCCCGCUUUGGCAGCGAGAAGAUCUUCCAUGCAUUUGGCUUGAACUACACAGGUCCAUUGAACCCCGACCACUUUAUGGGAACAGACAAGCACACCACUAUCCCUGACUUCUUGGUUCUCACAACUUGCGAGUUGGGAUUGCGUGGAGCACCCAAACGUCUGGAGGCAUUGCUCGCCCAAGGAAAAACUCGCUUGAUUUGUAUUGCCCACCAUGCGGAUUGGUGGGCCGAGGAACAGCGCAAAGCCGACAUUAGACCUUGGGUUGAUGCCAACAUGGUCGAAUUCUGGACGCUGUCUCCCCACACGGCUACUUUCCUCUCCAACACAAUCGCCGCUUGGGAUUCUAACGCCGGCGAGCCUUGGGACAAUCCUCCUUCACCUCCUAUCCGCGUUUUCGUGCCUGUGUUCCCUGUUGCUGCCCCCAACGUCACGGCAACAGAAAGCUCGGAUUUGAGUUUCGCCAUGCAAGGAGACUACGAUCCUCACCGCAGAGACUACAAGCACAUUUUCGAGCGUCUGGGCAACUUUUUGGCUGCUGCAGAGGGCGAUAGAAAUGUUUCUAUGCAUCUGGUUGGACAGGGACAACGACCCACUGUCCCUGAGAACGUGGCCAGUCACGUUUUCUUUGGCCAAGGACUUAGCUACAUCGACUUCUAUGGCUUGCUUUCCAAGGUGUCUGCUGUAUUGCCUGGGUUUGCAUCGCCUGAGUAUUUGGAUCGCAAGGCUUCGUCUUCGGUUCCUGCGUCGUUGAUUGCUGGCACACCUCUUGUUGCUGAUCGCAAACUUCUUGCUGCCUACGCAUACGUAGAAGAAGACUCAGUGUGGUUGCAAGAGGAUGGCGAGAAUGAGUUUGAUGUUAUAGGCAGGAUGUUGAGUGCUUCUGCUGAAGAAAGAGCAGAGAAGAGCAAGCACGCCAAGCAAAAUGCUCAGAAAAUCAUCCAAGGCAAUAUCAGAAGGGUGGGUGAGUGGUUAGAAGAAGGCAUUACGAAGAUGUACUGUCGAGGUGGAUCUGAGGAAGAAGAAGAGUAG